AUGGGACAAAAGCACUCUCUUCCAAAGAAAGCCAAGCAUUCCAACGUAGGUGAAAGUCCUAGAAUGAAAUUCGGAGCUGCUGAUACUCAAGGAUUUCGAAAUUCAAUGCAAGACUCCCGCCUCAUGAAUUUAUUAUUAGAUCAGCGUACCUCAGUCUUCGGUGUCUUUGAUGGUCACCGCGGUCACGAAGUCUCUGAAUUCGUUGCAAAGCAUUUUUGUACAGAAAUUAAAAAAACCAAAGCUUACAAUAAAGGCCGAAUUCGUGACGCCCUCGAAAAAACGUUUAUAAGAAUGGACGACCUACUUCGCACUCCUGAAGGUCAAAAAGAGUUGCAUAUGAUCUCUAAAGGAAUCCCAAAUGGUUACCCAAUCGACAAAAUUGAUCCGAUCAUGUCAGGCUGCACAGCAGUUGUAGCUUUAAUUCGUGAUGACAAAUUAUAUGUCGCCAACGCAGGAGACAGUCGCUGCAUCCUAAGUCGCAAAGGAAAAGCAAUUGAAAUGACUGUUGAUCAUAAGCCUGAGCUGCCAGAAGAGCAUGAAAGGAUCAUCAAUGCUGGAGGUACAGUUCUCGAUGGAAGAGUAAUGGGAAAUCUAAAUUUGAGCAGAUCUAUCGGGGAUCUCGAUUUUAAGGCAAACGCUGAUUUGCCUCACGAUAAACAAAUGAUUAUUUCCGUUCCUGAUAUUACUGAAGUCACUUUAACGAAGCAGGAUCAUUUUAUUCUGCUUGCAUGUGACGGUGUUUGGGAUCUGAUGACUUCACAAGAAGCUGUAGAGUUUGUGGAUAAGAAGCUGAAAAAGAAGAAGCCAAUUGGCGAUGUGGCUGAAGAUUUGCUGGACAAUUGUUUUCAUCAGGCUGUGAAAGCUCAGGGGUCGGACAAUAUGACAGUUAUUGUGGUUGCUUUUAAGCAUCCUUUAAAUGUGUAA